CUCAAGUUUGGCUCACUUUACUCGUGUGUUCUCAAGUAAUUUUAAUUGUUUCAUAAAUUUACUUGUAUAUUCAUUCAAAUGUUUCUAAAAAUCAUGCAAUCAUCAAUUCGCGUACUGAGAAGAGGUUACAUAAAUCAUGCGACCGGUCCAAUGGUCGGUGCUGUUCGAUAUUCUUCAACUGCGACAGAUCCCGAUGGACCCGUUGAGCUGGAAGAGAAUCCCUUUGCUAAGGAUCGUGCACAAUGUAUUCUAUGCAAGAAUAACAUUUCGCCUGACUACAAGAACGUCCAACUACUAUCACAAUUCCAAAGUCCUUAUACCGGCCGAAUCUAUGGAAAACACAUAACCGGUUUAUGUAGAAAGCGCCAGGAGCAAGUUGAGAAUGAAAUCAUCAAAGCUCAGAAUGCCGGCUUUAUGCCAACUUAUCACAAGGCUGUCGAGUUCCUAGAGGACCCCAAACUGUUUAAUCCGGAACGGCCCAUGCGACCACAUAAAUAUUAAAUUUGUUUGGUGUAGUUUCAGUAAUAGACGGACUAAAAAG